CUAUGCAUUUUCUCCAUCAGCUGGUUGAUGGCGACCGGAGAUAAUAAUGUAUCAAACUUGUUGAUGAUUUCACUGUCGCUGGACUGGAUGACCGGCGUUUCUCGAAGAAGAAAAUGAUGGCAAGUGACAGUAGAGCUGUGCGAAUUUUGUCAGAUUUGUGCUGUGCUCUACGAAAAGAUAAAAAUAUACAUGAGUUUGGAUUUGUGUAUUGCCCGGAGCCAGUGUACAACAAGAGUCCCAUCGUCUUCGUGGAUGGGAACUUAGGGAUCGAGACCUGGGGCAUCAAGCCUUUAUAUCACUAUGCACACUCGCAGUUAUUCGAGUCUGAAUGCAGACAGCAUGACCUGAGAAAGCUAAGUGACUUCAGCAUGGUGGUUGUUCUACUUAACCCUGAAUGUAUGUCUGCAUGGAACCUCAGGAAACAAUUGGUGCUGAGAAAGUUCUUGAAAGUCGAGGAUGACUUAAACCUGGCUCGACUGGUGCUCACUAAACAUCCAAAGAGUCCGGAGACUUUCUGUCACAGACGAUGGCUGCUGCAACACCUCUUCCCAUCAUCUCCGCUAGCGACUAAAGCAGACUCCCCACGGACUUCCCACCAAGACGGUCACCCGGAGGAGUUAGCUGAAAGGCUACAAGACGAUGAAGAAGCUCCUUGCGGUGGAAAUGAACCACGGAUGACUUCCGUCAGAGCCGAGAUGGAGGUGUGCACUGCUGCUGCCAGCCGAUACCCGAGCAAUUACAACGCGUGGAGCCAUAGGAUAUGGGUCAUCGAGCAUCUAGCUGGUAGCCCACCACAGUUCCUCGAGUUGGAGUUGAAAGCAACCAAGUCGUGGGUCUCCUCCCACGUUUCUGAUCACAGCGGCUUCCACUAUCGUCAGUUCCUUGUGGGCACCCUGACUGGCCUCUCAUCCCAGGGGUCUCCCAAGAGGGUCGGUAAAGGGUUGAACGUCAGCCUGUAUGUUCGAUUAUUGCUGCAGGAGCUACAACUCAUUCUUGAUCUUGUCACAUCGUACCCGGGGCAUGAAGCUGUGUGGUAUCACAGACGCUUUGUUGUGCAUCUUUGGAAAGCUCUACUUUGCAACGGCACAUUAACAGAACCGGACAAAAUCGCUGAUAUCACCGCAGCAGCUGCCAAUACCUCCAAACUAUCCCAAAUGCCAAUCUUGCCAACCGAGAGUGAGUCAACCAGAGACCACCCAACUAAGAAUCAGACAAAACGACCGAUAGAGAAUAAAUCAUUUGAGAACGGUGAAGGGGAAGUUGAGGCCUGUUUCUCAGGCGGAGACGCAUCUCAAAGGAAACAUAUGUGUCUCGCUGCCGACCAGGAGUCCACGUCUUUGGUCGGUGGAGCAAGCAGCAAGGGUGAGUCUGAGACAAUUAAGAUUAAAGGAGCUUCCGAACAGAGUGCUUCAGCUGGUAAACCUCACUCAAGAUGUACGGAGGAUGCAUCUUCAGACCCGGUACCCAGUCAGAGAGGAGCAUCUCACCCGAGAUCCGUCUCGAAGACUUCAGCCCGAGCGUCCUCGAGGAAGGGGUCCUGCAGGACAGACGAUGCCUUCUCGUCACACGAAAUCUUAAAGUUGAUCCAACAUGAGAGGAGAUUUGUUGAGAUCGUUGUGGAUGGUACGCAUGUUGGAGAGAAGGAAGCGCAGCAGCGUUGUGCUGUGAAUUACUCUCGCUGGCUUGACAAGCUAGCAGCUUCAUAAAAGAGAUGAAACAGCUGUUUUUAAUCAACUCUUUCUUAUAUGGCUUGCAGUAACACCAUGUAUUGAUCAGGCCUUGACCUUGUCUCUUGAAGGGCCACAGCAAUCCUACUUAUUGUAACUUUGCAAAGGGCACCACAGCAAGAGCACAGGGCACCACAGCAGUUGCUGUGGAUGCUGUGGGUUAUUUGGAGGCAUGAAUCAUAAUCUCUAAUAGAGUUGGGGUGGUUCUGAAAGAACCCUAGGUUUCCACUCCUGAGUUUCAGAACCACCCCACUCAAUUAGAGAUUACAAUUACAUGGCUUUAUCGCAAACCUUACUAUCGUAUUUCCACCAUGCAACGUAUAAAAAUUCUACUUAACUUGUUCUUACUCUUUACAGAUUUAUUUAUUUUUUAAACCGAGGUAGGAUUAAGUUUUUGGGGUCAUGAUGAGUGAAAAAGUUGUGUUCACAUUCGGCUUACAUAGAAGAUUUUCACAUUUUAGCCAAAAUAUUUUUUUUAAUUGGAUUGUUAUUAUGCGAUUGGUUCUUGGUUGUGCCGAGUGAAAAAAAAAACUUUGCCUUAUAUAGCUGUUUUAAAAUCAGGUGUUUUUUGCUUUAUAUAGGGAAUUUCUAGAUUAUAUUAAUAAAAAUUUGCUGGCAUGCUAGUGUACAGAUGAGUAGCCCAAAAGCUCAUAUCAAACAUGCAGACAUAACAAACAAACAUUUUGUUUAAACACAAUUUCUAAGAGGGCACGAUCAGAAAAUUGCCAUAUUUGGCUAUUAAGAACUAGCUUCCACAUAGCUUUUCAUUUGGCAAACAGAUUAUUAAAUAUUGCAUUUUUUUAAUACAGUAGUUACUUUUUAAUAUACUCAGUGGAAUCUACAAAAUAUACCUCAAGUUUUUUUUUUAUAGAAUUUCAAAAAUAUUUUGGUUACAGUGGGUUAGGCUCUAGAGCUUUGUUUUUGUGUAUUUUUGUAUUCCGUGCAUUUGUAUUUUAUUUGGGGUUGAACAUAGACAAAUUGACUAGAGAGGGGUUUGAACCAAUGACCUCUUGAUUAACAGGCCAGUGCUCUACCAACUAAGCUAUCUAGCUUAUGUUGGGCGGUCUCCCGAUAUAGGGAGACUGCCAACAAGGGACUAUUAUUAGCUCAGUUGGUAGAGCGCAAGUACAGUUAUCCGGAGGUCGUUGGUUCAAAUCCUGCUCUUUUCAACUUUUCUUUGUUCUCACCAAAUUAAUUUACCAAGUCAGAUUCCCUCGUGGUUCACUACUUAACAUUUUAAUUGUAAAGUUAAAAAAAUACCACUUUGGUCAGGUUCAUUGUUAAAAAUCAAGUAGACUGAACAACCUUUUGAAAUGAAAUUUACACAAGUUAUUUGUUAUUAUAUAACACCCAAGCAGAUCCUUGCCAUUUGAUU